UUUAAACCAAUCCAAACAACUCUACUUCGUUUUCAUUUGUGGCAGCAAUAAAAACAAUGGUUAAUUAUAUCGAGCUACAAAGUGAUCUGCUGCAAAAAGCAAACGCUAAUGCAGAGGCGCAAAGGCUAAGAAGGCGUGUGCUAAUGGUCCGUUACAUUCUGGUGUUUGCAAUUAUCGUAUUUAUAUGCAUCAGCGUACUUCCUCUUUGUUUUCCAACGAUUAAUCAAAAUGUUGAGCAACAACAACAACAACAACGGCUAAGGCAACAAAAACAACGGCUUGUUUGCUAUUAUUCGACUUCAGGAUUCGAUAAAUUGAACCUGUUGGAUGUCCCCGGGGAUUUGUGCACGCACAUCAAUAUUGGAAUUGCCAACUUGUUCAACAGGACGCUGCAUUUGUCGCCGCGCCUGGAGCAAGUGCUGCAGAAUGAGACUCGCCUAUUUCGUGCCGCCCAUCCGCAGGUGCAUCUAUUGCUCUGGAUUGGCGGGGCCGACACUGGGCCUCAGUUUGCAGACAUGGUCGCGAAUCAUGAACGCCGCAAACAAUUCUUGCGCUCACUAAGAGCAGUGCUACACAAAUAUCCCAGCUUGGAUGGCAUCGAUCUGGAUUGGGAGUUUCCGAGCGCCUACAACAAGGAACGUGUGCACUUCUCCCAGUUGCUGCAUGAGAUUCGGCUGGAAUGGCGCCGCGAACAACGCACCAACAAUCUGCUCACCAUGGCCGUGGCAGCGCCCGAAGGCAUCGCAUUCUUUGCCUACAACAUACGCGAAAUCAAUCUUUACGUGGACUAUGUGAAUCUGAUGACCUAUGAUUUUCAUUUCUAUCGCGAGGACACACCCUUCACCGGUCUAAAUGCGCCGCUCUUUGCCCGUCCCAUGGAGCAUUCCAUCAUGGGCACCUUCAACAUCAAUUACACCGUGCACUGGUGGUUGCAAAAUGGAUUGGAGCCCAAGCGUUUGGUCAUUGGCCUGCCCACCUACGGGCAUUCCUUUACGCUUGUAAGUCCAUUGAACGCGCGCAUAGGAGCACCCGCCUCGGGCUUUGGCAAGUGUGGCCGAUUGGGUUUCACCACGCUCUCGGAGACCUGCGAGUGCGCCAAAAGUUACCUGGCGCCAAACUACACAUACGACAAUUACACCUGUUCUCCCUAUCUGAAUUCGCUGCAGGAAUGGAUCUCAUAUGAGAGCACGAAGAGCAUUGCAUGCAAAGCAAAGUAUGUCAAAUCCUUGAACGUGGGCGGACUAAUGAUCUUCUCCCUGAACACGGAUGAUCUGAAGAACAACUGUGGCUAUAUGACGCGCAGUACCGGAAAUGUUGCUAAGCCUGUUUUUCCACUAGCCAAGGCUGCCAAUACAAUCCUAACAGGCUCCUGAAAAUUGG